GGCCCCAACAGCUUUGCUAUCAGCUUCAAUUGACCAGGAGACGCAGUGCUUGGACAUUGUCAUUUGGCGCUGUACGAGAAUUGUCUGGCCUGAUACAUGGCCUCCAAGACUGUCGCCAGCAACGCUCUUGCCGGACCACUAAGGUUGAUCAAUCAUGGAGGGAGGAACGUUUCCCGGCGUGCCGAUCUGGGAUGGACGUGCGCAAGGCCAUGCGUGGUUCUGGCCGCGGGCGGGAGAGCUCUAUCUGCAACUGCUCCUGCUGCGGUGAGAUCGGUUCCUCGCUACUGUACUAGACCGCUAUCUACCUCGACCUCUAGAGGAGUCGCUGCUGCUAGCUCUCUACAUUAUUUUCCGGCCACGAGAACUAUGGCAACGCACAGCAGACCUGAACAAGUGAGGAGAGAUUCGAAGUUGUCUGGGCCUUACGAUACGUACGAGGCUGUCGUGGUCGGUGCAGGACCGGCGGGCAUCACAGCUGUGGGCAACUUGCUGGAAAAUCGAAUCGACAAGAUUUUGUGGGUGGACGACCACUUCAACGGUGGUAGAGUCAAUGCCUAUUACCGGGAAGUCCCUUCAAACACAAAGGUCAAGCUAUUCAUUGACUUUGCUACUGCCGUUGCGCCGUUCAGGAAAAUUGUAUCUGGACUCCCUUCACGAGAUCGAUGGGAGGAGCCGAGCCCUUCAGACGGUGCUGCUGUGGACGCACACAACGAUAAGCUCCAAGAUCUGCGGCAGCUGGACCAGGAGAAAGGCUGUCAUCUCAGACAUGCCGCAGACAUGUGCUUAAUGCUCACGCAUGGCUUGGAGAGAACGCCUGGUGUGAUCACUCAGAAGGGACGCGUAGAGGAAGCAAGCUUCGACGACCAAUCGAAUCACUGGACUGUUAAUAUUGACAGCGCGAAUCCUACACCGCAAGACAUCAGCAGCGUUCGAGCUAAGCGUUUGAUACUCUGUACUGGAUCUGCGCCAAUGGACCCAAAACUACCAUACGAGCCAGAGCAUCUCCAGCAUAUUGACCUGGACGUUGCAUUAUCGCCAACGAGAUUAUCUGCCCUCUCAUCAUCGCAAGGCGAGACUACCGUCGCAGUUAUCGGUGCCUCUCAUUCUGCAGUCCUGGUCCUCAUGAAUCUCUCCAGCCUUGCGCUAUCUACACGACCUGAUCUAAAAGUCAAGUGGUUCACCCGACACCCUUUACGGUACGCAGAAUACGAAGACGGCUUCAUCGCACGCGACAACACCGGUCUGAAAGGUGAAGCGGCAGUAUGGGCUCGCGAAAACCUCGAACCAGAGAACCUUCCCAACAGUCCUGUCGGAAAAGUCAUCACGCCCAUCAACUAUGAAAAAGGCGACGAAGAAAAAAUCUAUCGACAGCAUCUCGACGACUGCCAAUACGUGAUUCAAGCAAUCGGAUACGCUCGCAACCCACUCCCAAUAUUGAUCGAGGCCGAUACUGGAAAGAAGAUUGAGCCAAUUUUUGACCCUGACAGAGGCACCUUCACCUAUGUCACGGAGAGCGACGAUGGCACUAUUGGUGAUCUGAGGCCUUUGCCUGGACUCUAUGGUGCUGGGAUUGCAUUUCCCCAGAAAGUCGUCGAUAAGAAGUAUGGGCAUACGGAGUUCAAUGUUGGGUUCUUUAAGUUCAUGAAGGCUGUGAAGCAAUGGGUGCCGCAAUGGAAGGGGAUUAAAGCAUAGAGAUAGAGGAAUGUGUAGAGGCAUUGCAGCUAGCUUAAUACUCACGGAUGGAAUUCC